GGGGGAGGCGGCGGCGGGGCCGAGCCCAGAGCCCGUCCCGGGCGCCGGCGAGGAGCUCCGGCCACGGCGGGAGGCGCCAUCCGGGGGCCGCCUCGCCCUCCGCGCUUCUCGCGACCGCGUCCCCCGCCGACCCGGCCGCCGCCUUCCCGCGGCGGGGAACGCCGCUCUCCGCUCCGCCGGCGCGCAGACUCCUUUUUUUCCUCCCCGGGAGGGUGUCGCCACCUGGAUCGCCAAGUGUGAGGGGUCCGGGAGGCGGGGACCGAGCGGGGCACCGUGGCCGGCCAUGGCUCAAGCGGCCAAACAGCUGAAGAAAAUCAAAGACAUCGAGGCGCAGGCCCUCCAGGAGCAGAAGGAGAAGGAGGAAUCCAACAGGAAGCGGAGGAACCGCUCCCGUGAACGAAAGAAGAAGGCCGAUGCUGCUACCAGCUUUCUGAGGGCAGCAAGAUCAGGUAACUUGGACAAAGCUUUGGACCACCUGCGGAAUGGGGUAGACAUUAACACCUGUAAUCAGAAUGGGCUGAACGGCUUGCAUCUGGCCUCUAAAGAAGGCCACGUGAAGAUGGUGGUCGAACUUCUGCACAAAGAGAUCAUCCUGGAAACGACAACCAAGAAGGGGAACACGGCGCUGCACAUCGCCGCCCUGGCGGGUCAGGACCAGGUGGUGCGGGAGCUCGUCAACUAUGGUGCCAACGUCAACGCCCAGUCACAGAAAGGUUUUACACCCCUGUACAUGGCAGCACAAGAGAAUCACUUGGAGGUGGUUAAGUUUUUGCUGGAAAACGGAGCUAAUCAGAAUGUAGCCACAGAAGACGGCUUCACCCCUCUGGCCGUGGCCCUGCAGCAGGGCCACGAGAAUGUGGUGGCACACCUCAUCAACUACGGGACGAAGGGGAAGGUGCGCCUGCCGGCCCUGCACAUCGCGGCCCGCAACGAUGACACGCGGACGGCCGCGGUGCUGCUGCAGAACGACCCCAACCCCGACGUGCUUUCCAAGACGGGAUUCACCCCCCUCCACAUCGCAGCUCAUUACGAGAACCUCAACGUGGCCCAGCUGCUCCUCAACCGGGGAGCCAGUGUCAACUUCACGCCCCAGAACGGCAUCACGCCUCUGCACAUUGCUUCCCGCAGGGGGAACGUGAUCAUGGUGCGGCUUCUGCUGGACCGCGGGGCCCAGAUAGAAACAAGGACCAAGGAUGAAUUGACACCUCUCCACUGUGCAGCUCGGAAUGGGCACCUGCGAAUCUCAGAGAUCCUGCUGGACCACGGGGCGCCCAUCCAAGCCAAAACCAAGAAUGGCUUGUCCCCAAUCCAUAUGGCGGCUCAGGGAGACCACCUUGACUGUGUCCGACUCCUAUUGCAAUACAAUGCAGAGAUAGACGACAUCACACUGGACCACCUGACCCCGCUCCACGUGGCUGCCCACUGCGGCCACCACAGGGUGGCCAAGGUCCUUUUGGAUAAAGGGGCCAAACCAAACUCCAGAGCCCUGAAUGGCUUUACCCCCUUACACAUCGCCUGCAAGAAGAACCAUAUCCGCGUCAUGGAGCUGCUGCUGAAGACGGGGGCCUCCAUCGAUGCUGUCACUGAGUCUGGCCUGACACCUCUCCACGUGGCCUCCUUCAUGGGGCACCUGCCCAUCGUGAAGAGCCUGCUGCAGCGGGAAGCAUCGCCCAACGUCUCCAAUGUGAAAGUGGAGACCCCGCUACACAUGGCAGCCAGAGCAGGACACACGGAAGUGGCCAAAUAUUUGCUCCAGAACAAAGCCAAAGUCAAUGCCAAGGCCAAGGAUGACCAGACCCCACUUCACUGUGCAGCUCGCAUUGGCCACACAAACAUGGUGAAGCUCCUGCUAGAAAAUGACGCCAACCCCAACCUGGCCACCACUGCCGGGCACACCCCCCUGCACAUCGCGGCCCGAGAGGGCCACGUGGAAACGGCCCUGGCCCUUCUGGAAAAGGAGGCGUCCCAGGCGUGCAUGACCAAGAAAGGAUUUACCCCUCUCCACGUGGCGGCCAAGUACGGGAAGGUGCGUGUGGCACAGCUGCUGCUGGAGCAUGACGCGCACCCAGACGCCGCCGGGAAGAAUGGCCUGACGCCCCUGCAUGUCGCCGUGCACCACAACCACCUGGACAUUGUCAAGCUGCUGCUGCCCCGGGGCAGCUCCCCGCACAGCGUGGCCUGGAACGGCUACACCCCUCUGCACAUCGCUGCCAAGCAGAACCAGAUGGAGGUGGCCCGCAACCUGCUGCAGUACGGGGGCUCGGCGAACGCAGAGUCCGUGCAAGGCGUGACACCCCUCCACCUGGCGGCCCAGGAGGGUCACGCGGACAUGGUGGCUCUCCUGCUCUCCAAACAGGCCAACGGCAACCUGGGCAACAAGAGUGGACUCACUCCCCUUCAUCUGGUCGCACAAGAAGGUCACGUUCCAGUGGCAGAUGUGCUGAUCAAACAUGGUGUCACGGUGGAUGCCACCACCCGGAUGGGUUACACUCCACUCCACGUGGCGAGCCAUUAUGGGAAUAUCAGGCUGGUGAAGUUCCUGCUACAGCACCAGGCGGACGUCAAUGCCAAGACUAAGCUCGGAUACAGUCCCCUGCACCAGGCAGCUCAACAAGGCCAUACAGACAUCGUGACACUGCUUCUCAAAAAUGGUGCUUCCCCAAACGAGGUCAGCUCGAAUGGAACCACACCUCUGGCCAUAGCCAAGCGCUUGGGCUACAUUUCUGUAACAGACGUGCUCAAGGUUGUCACGGAUGAAACCAGUGUCGCGUUGGUCAGCGACAAGCACCGGAUGAGCUUCCCCGAGACGGUGGAUGAGAUCCUGGACGUCUCUGAAGAUGAAGGAACUGCUCAUAUAACUAUAAUGGGGGAAGAACUUGUUGGCUUCAAGGCUGAGAAGCAGGAUUCCAGGGAUAUAGAUGAAGAGAAAGAGCUGCUGGAUUUUGUGCCGAAGCUGGACCAAGUGGUGGAAUCCCCAGCCAUCCCUCGGAUUCCUUGCGUCACACCUGAGACAGUGGUGAUCAGAUCUGAAGAGCCAGAGCAGGCAUCUAAGGAGUAUGAUGAAGACUCACUGAUCCCCAGCAGCCCGGCCACAGAGACCUCAGACAACAUCAGCCCGGUGGCCAGCCCUGUGCACACAGGGUUCCUGGUGAGCUUCAUGGUGGACGCCCGCGGGGGCUCCAUGCGGGGCAGCAGGCACAACGGCCUGAGGGUGGUGGUCCCGCCCCGGACGUGCGCAGCACCCACUCGCAUCACCUGCCGCCUGGUGAAGCCCCAGAAGCUGCCCACGCCGCCCCCGCUGGCCGAGGAGGAGGGCCUGGCCAGCAGGGUCAUCGCCCUGGGCCCCACAGGAGUCCAGUUCCUGAGCCCUGUCAUCGUGGAGGUCCCCCACUUCGCCUCCCAAGGCCGUGGGGACCGCGAGCUCGUGGUGCUGCGGAGUGAAAACGGCUCCGUGUGGAAGGAGCACAAGAACCGCUAUGGAGAAAGCUACCUGGAUCAGAUCCUCAACGGGAUGGACGAAGAGCUGGGGAGCCUGGAGGAGCUGGAGAAGAAGAGGGUCUGCCGCAUCGUUACCACCGACUUCCCCUUGUACUUCGUGAUUAUGUCAAGGCUCUACCAGGACUACGACACCAUCGGCCCCGAGGGGGGCUCCCUGAAAAGCACGCUCGUCCCCCUGGUGCAGGCCACCUUCCCAGAAAAUGCUGUCACCAAGAAAGUGAAGCUGGCCCUGCAGGCCCAGCCUGUACCCGAUGAGCUGGUCACCAAACUCCUGGGCAACCAGGCCACCUUCAGCCCCAUUGUCACCGUGGAGCCGAGGCGCCGCAAGUUCCACCGCCCCAUCGGGCUUCGCGUCCCACUCCCUCCCUCCUGGACAGAUAACCCUCGGGACAGCGGGGAGGGAGACACCACCAGCCUGCGGCUGCUCUGCAGCGUCAUUGGAGGGACAGACCAGGCCCAGUGGGAAGACAUCACGGGGACCACCAAGCUUAUGUACGCCAAUGAGUGUGCCACCUUCACCACCAACGUCUCUGCCAGGUUCUGGCUGUCGGACUGCCCUCGGACGGCUGAAGCUGUGAACUUCGCCACCCUGCUGUACAAGGAGCUCACCGCGGUGCCCUACAUGGCCAAGUUUGUCAUUUUCGCCAAGAUGAACGACCCCCGAGAAGGGCGACUGCGCUGCUACUGCAUGACGACGGAUGACAGGGUGGACAAGACGCUGGAGCAGCACGAGAACUUCGUGGAGGUGGCCCGGAGCAGGGACAUAGAGGUUUUGGAAGGAAUGCCCCUCUUCGCAGAGCUCUCCGGGAACCUGGUGCCCAUCAAGAAGGCCGCCCAGCAGCGGAGUUUCCUCUUCCAGUCUUUCCGGGAGAGCCGGUUGGCCAUUCCUGUCAAGGUGAGGGACAGCAGUCGAGAUCCAGCAGGGUCCUUGUCAUUCCUGCGCAAGGCGAUGAAGUACGAGGACACGCAGCACAUCCUCUGCCACCUAAACGUCACCAUGCCACCCUGCACCAAGGGCAGUGGAGCCGAUGACCGGAGGAGGACCCUGACGCCGCUGGCCCUGAGAUACAGCAUCCUCAGCGAGUCCACAUUGGGUUUCCUCAGCGGCGCAGACCGGGCUGACGUGAAGAUGGCUAUUAUAUCAGAGCACCUGGGCCUCAGCUGGGCCGAGCUGGCCCGCGAGCUGCAGUUCAGCGUGGAUGACAUCAACAGGAUCCGCGUGGAGAACCCCAACUCCUUGCUGGAGCAGAGCGUGGCCUUGUUGAACCUCUGGGUCAUCCGUGAAGGCCAAGAUGCAAAGAUGGAGAACCUGUACGCGGCCCUGCGGCACAUCGACCGCGGCGAGAUCGUGAACAUGCUGGAGGGCUCGGGCAGGCAGGGCCGCAACCUGAAGCCCGACCGCCGGCCCACGGACCGGGACUACUCGUCGUCCCCCUCCCAGAUGAAUGGUUACUCCUCGCUGCAGGACGAGCUGCUGUCCCCCGCCUCCCUGCACUACGCGCUCCCCUCUCCGCUGCGCGCAGACCAGUACUGGAACGAGGUGGCCGUCCUAGACGCCAUCCCCUUGGCGGGCACGGAGCAUGACGCCAUGCUGGAGAUGUCUGACAUGCAGGUGUGGUCCGCGGGCCUCACGCCCUCGUUGGUCACUGCUGAGGACUCCUCUCUGGAGUGCAGCAAGGCCGAGGACUCGGACGCCACCGGCCACGAGUGGAAGCUGGAGGGGGCGCUCUCCGAGGGACCCCAGGGCCCCAUGCUGGGCUCUCUGGACCUCGUGGAGGACGACACAGUGGAUUCAGAUGCCGCAAAUGGCCUUAUCGAUUUGCUUGACCAGGAGGAAGGUCAGAGGUCAGAAGAGAAGCUGCCAGGUCAUGAGAGGCAGGAGGACUCGACAGGUGCAGGGCAGGGCUCAGGGAAUGAAGUGUCUCUUGUUUCAGGCCAGCAGAGGGUACAAGCCCACAUCACAGAAUCCCACACCGUGAGUCGGGUGAUGGACUCCAGCCAGGACAGACUGCAGGACUGGGGUGCGGAAGGCUCCAUCGUCUCCUAUCUGCAAGAGGCCACACAAGGCUCCUGGGGGGAGGAGGCCCUGCAAGGCCCACACUCGUUCCAGAGAACCGUCAUCAGGUCUUGGGAGCACGAAGAGGUCCUGGGCUCUGCACCAGAGCGCGCACACACGGAGCAGCCCGAGGCCGGCAGGGACCGGAGACCACAGGGCCCCAGCGAGUGGAUGCAGGAGGCUGUCAGCACCUUCUCCCACCACGUAAAGGGGAAUGAGCUUCAGAAUAUUCCAGGGGAGCAGGUGACAGAGGAGCAUUUCACGGAUGAGCAGGGCAACGUCGUCACCAAGAAGAUCACUCGCAAAGUCGUUCUCCACGUCGAUCCAUCCGGAGCCGAUGGCACCCCGGAGCCCGAGGAGGUGAUUUCUGGGGGGCCCCUGGAGGACCCUAGUGAGAUGGAGGCCGAUGUUGAUUACUUUAUGACUCACGCCAAGGAUCACACCUCGACACCCAACCCUUGAACUCCACACACUCUGCCACGCACCCGAGAGCUGGACCGAGGCCCUGGAAGCCGCGCACACGUCCCUGGAGGCUUACGGCAUGACCUCUGUAAGGGACGUCCUUUAGUCACCUGUUCGCAUGAACGACCGACUGUAGACGCAUGACCUACAGUCCUCUAUCCUGCCUCUGGCGACGGUGGAUCUCUUUCUGGAGUCUGAACGGAAGCAGCAAGAGGGGGGAGAGAGAGAGGGGGACGUAAAACAAGCGCAGGAGAGCAUGGAACGCAACAGCAAACAAGGGCUCUUUUGUGGCUGGGAUGAGAUAAUUUUUUAAAUCAUUUCAAUUUCGACUUGUUACAGGGUACUUUUUUUUCAACCUCAUCUGUAAGAAAUCCAUGUGAGCUUCCUGGAAAGGAAAAAAAAAAAAAAGAAAACUAGACAUGAAAUCAGUUCCACACCUUAAUCCCUUACCCUCCUCCACCAGCCUUCCCCACACCUCCACGCUCCACGUGUGACCAGCCCUGCCGCUGCCCCGUGGACCGAACCUUCCAGAACGCUCUACAUGGCAUCAGGACACACACACGCAUACACACACACACACACACACAUACACACACACACACCCCUCUCCCCUCUGCUCAGUAUACACACAGAUUUUACUGUGACAUCCGAAGUUGUAUAGACUCUCCUGGGGAUAAACUGGAAAUUUUUUAUGUUGUCGCUCUCUCUCUCUCUCUCUCUCUCUCUCUGCCAGUUUCAGUAUUAAUCAUCUUGCAAUGGAAAAUCAUUACCUUCAGAGUGCAUUCGGGGUUCCUCGUGUUAGGGACUUAAGACUCUGAGGCGAGGACCCCCAGGCUUAGCUGUAGGGCUCCAAGGGAGCCAGUGCCCAUCCGAAAGGGUCUUCACCCUCAGCUGGGGGAAGGCCGGCGGCUGUCCCGGGAUCGCACCAGCAUGUUCAAUAGAGAAGAGGUUUUCUAUAUCUUCAAGCACUUAUAUCAUAGUCCGUGUUCAAAGUGUCAACUGUACAGUAAUCAGCCUUGUGUAUAUGAAAAACAAUAAAUACUAUGCAAACCAAUAGGAACACUUUAGCAGUACGUACAAAGCACUAACAGCUCAGCUCCUGAGGACUUCUCCAGGCUGCGGGAGGAGUGCAGCCUGUCUCUCAGUGAAAGAGGAAGGAAGGGAGGAGGCCUAGGGAAUGCACCUGCCCGUUCUCAGGUCAGACGCCGCCCCGAGGUCUCCCAGAGCGAACUUGGUGCUGUAAGUCCAGGCAGCCGCGGGAUGCGGGGCCUGGGCUGGGCAGCCUCAGUGCCCCCAUCUGACCAACACCCCACCCUGAACCCCCUGGAGAGGCAGCGCAGGGGGAGAAACGGCUGACCACCAGGAGGCCCCAGCCUGGAAGGAGACCUUCCUGGGCCAGGGCCCCGUCAGGGCAGGACGGAGACGGCGGCUGGCUGUUGCUCGCCUCGGUGCCAUCGGGGAAGAGCCUUAAGUUACACCAGAGCCCCCGGCAGAGGGAGGCCCGAAUCAGCACAACGCGCCUGCCCCGCGCGGCACCCUCCGGGCCAGGAGAGAGACUGCAGGCUCUUCUCGCCCGCCCGAGGGCCACUGUGUGUGGAUGUCCGGUCACCUUCCUCCCUGCCUCUCUGCCGAGAUGUCCUCAGAACACAUCCGAACCUUCCAAGUAGCACAGAAGCUCCCUCGAUGUCAGAGCCCCCCAACCCCCGAGGCCCCGGCUGGCCCCGGCGCACAAGUGUUCUGGUGGGUCCAGGCGGGGCUGGCCGGGCUCCCCGAGGGGCGGGCGUGGAGUGGGAGCUUGAGCGCGCGCGUUGGCCCGCGAGCUCCAGACCCAACCCCCGCGGGGGCCGCGCGCAGAGCAUCCCCGCCGGCCGGUCCCUCCGCCCCGCCGCGGCCGGCCGGACUCAGUGAAGGCCGAGGAAGACCGGCGCAGGGCCGCCUCCCGCCGCGAUCUGCCGCCGCCGACCCAGUAGCUCCUGUAGAGCCGCGGCCCCGCCCCCGGUUGCGCUUUGGCUCGUCGCUCUGUCUGGCUUGGCUGCUUGGCCCGCCGGCCCGCGGGCCUCGGCGGCAUGCUGCGUUCGCUGCUAGUAGGAGCUGUAGGGGAGAGGUUUGGGGUCGCCACACAAUGCCUAGAGAAUGCUGCAGUCUGCACCUUAGACGCUGUUUAGAAGUUUUGGAAUCACCUUGAUUUUUUAAAUUGUUAUGAAAAUGAUUCUUUUCUUGACUCCCACACGCUCUGUUCUUGGGAGGGACUUCCCACCGCACACCCCACUCCACUCUGAUGUAUAGACCAUUCUCCCUACACCAGCUGAACAAAUGUCAAAAUUAAUAAAGAACUCGACUCAUGG